AUGGCUCGAGGUGUUGUGAGCUCUCGCGCCGUCACGUCCAAGCGCAUCAUCGCCGGCGACUCGGAGCUCAACGCGUUCAUGACCGGAGCGCUGCAGCCUCUCCUGGACCGCUACACGCCGACGUGGUGGACGAAUUCCCACAUCCAGUGCUUCCUGACGUUUCUGGUGCCUCAGAGCCCCGUCAACUACAAGAGAGACGUGCUCACCUUCCAGGACGGCGGCCAAGCUUCUCUGGAUUGGGCUGUGGAGUCUUCCGUGGCAACGACAUCCCCACUGAAAGACGACUCCCCCAUCGCUAUUAUCAUGCACGGACUUGUGGGUUGCAGCGAGAGCAUGCGCUCUCUUUGUGCCGAGGCCCUGGUCCACGGAUAUCGCCCCGUAGUGUUCAACAAACGAGGCCACGGAGGCUUAAAACUGGCCACUCCGAAGCUCCAGGCUUUCGGGUGUGUGCAGGACUUGCAACAAGCCAUCGCUCAUGUGGAAAAGAUCUUCCCAAACAGCGAACUAUACGGCAUUGGCUGCUCUGCUGGCUCGGGCUUACUAUGCAGCUAUCUGAGCGAACUCGGCGACAAGUCGCGUCUCCGUGCUGGCGUGUUGAUCUCGCCCGGUUACAACGCCUUCGACCUGUUUUGCGGUGGCAAGAUCAACCCAUUGUACAAUUUUCUCAUGACGUUUACACUCAAAUCGUUUUUACUUCGCCACAAGAACGAGUUGAGUGAGGUCGUGGACGUGGCACAAGCUCUGAAAGCCACGAGUAUCUGCGAGUUCGACCAGCACGUGUACAUGAGGAUGCACGGCUAUGAAGACUUGGAAGCCUACUGGAAGAUCAACAACCCCAUGCGAGAUGUGGACAACCUCAAGGUGCCAUUUCUCUGCAUUAACGCACUGGACGACCCCGUGUGCACCAAGGAGAAUAUUCCGUACCACGAGUUCAGCAGGAAACCUAACGCUAUGCUGAUAACUACCCCCGAAGGCAGCCACUGCGCCUUCUACGAGGGCACUUUCCAGCUCAAAUCGUGGUGUCACGGGGCUGCUAUGACGUAUCUUGAUCGUCUGCGCGAGUUUAAUGCCAACACAAAAUCUGCUGUCACGGCGUAG